GCAAAAGUAACAAGACGCAGUCGAGAUCACCAGAAGCUUAUCGCGGCGAAGAAGCACCGAUGAUUGGCGGCGUUGGACCCUGAAUACCUCUUUUCACCAUGUCCACAGAAGAUCUUGGCUUCAAGGCUGCCUUACAGGAGGCCCGCCAAGGCAGCAGUGAAGGCGGAGUGCCUAUCGGCGCAGCCCUGGUGUCAGCUGAAGGCAAAGUCUUGGGUCAGGGCCACAAUAUGCGCAUUCAGAAAGGCAGUGCUACUCUGCAUGCAGAGAUAUCCGCUCUGGAAAAUGCAGGACGCCUGCCAGCUUCGGCUUACCAAGGUGCAACCAUGUACACCAGCCUCUCCCCAUGUGACAUGUGUACGGGCGCCUGCGUAAUGUACAAGGUCAAACGAGUUGUAAUUGGUGAGAACAAUACGUUCAAGGGAGGCGAGGAGUAUCUGAAGAGUAAGGGUAUCGAAGUUGUGGUCUUGCAGAGCGAGGAGUGUGAAGCACUAAUGCAAAAGUUCAUCAAAGAGAAGCCUGGGGAUUGGUACGAGGACAUUGGAGAGAAUGAAUAGAGUGCUGGCUCUUCUGGCUG